AGGGGGGAGGGCCUUGUCUGCGUUCAAUCAAUAACUUCUGGAAUUUAGAAAUACAAGUAGGUCCUGUCUCUGGCAGGCUGUACCACACUCUUGAGGGCGGGCUUACAGGCACACUCGACGAAAUCCCUAUCUGCUUCUGGCAUUCUCUCUGAGCGUUUCUGCAGGUCUGACUGUUCUGAGUCUACCACAAUGGCUGAUCACACCUCUCCAGAUUACUUCAGCUGCUCUCUGUGUCAGAGCCUACUGAGGGACCCUGUGGCUAUCCCCUGUGGUCACAGUUUCUGUAUGGACUGCAUCAGCGGCUACUGGAAUGAAGCUGACUACACAGGGAUUUACAUUUGUCCCCAGUGUAAGAUCACAUUCACCCAGAGGCCUGUACUGAGGCCCAACGCCACUCUGAGCAUGGUGGCUGAGAAGAUCAAGAAGAGCGGUCUGAACCUCAACCUCAGCACAUCCCUGGGGAACACCUAUGCUGGACCAAGUGACGUCCCCUGUGACUUCUGCAGUGGGAAGAAAUUAAAGGCGGUGAAGUCCUGUCUGAACUGUCUGGCAUCUUACUGCGAAAAGCACUUGAGGCCACACUAUGAAUCAGCCACAUUCAAGAGACACAAGCUUGUGGAUGAGUUGGGAAACUUGGACAGGAAGAUCUGCCCACAGCACCAGAAGUCCCUGGAGCUCUUCUGUCGCACGGAUCAGAUGUGUAUCUGUGCCAUCUGCACAGUCAGUGAACACAGGGGCCAUGACAUUGUCUCUGCUGAGGCGGAGAGGGGUGAGAAACAGAAACUUUUGGGAGUCUCCCAAGCUGAGAUUAAACAAAAAUGCCAGGAAAGGGUGAAAGAGCUGGAGGAACUCAAGACCGCAGUGGAUUCACUCAAGAACUCGGCCCAAAGAGCCAUGGUGGAGAGCCAGAAGAUGUUUGAGGAAAUGAUUCGCUCCAUUGAGAGGAUGAGGUCAGAGGUGACCAAGCUGAUUGGAAUCAACGAAAAGGCUGCUUUCAACCAGUCCGAGGCUUUGAUCGAGCGACUGGAACAAGAGAUUGAUGAGCUGAAGAAAAAGGAGACGGGCCUCAAGCAGCUGUACAGCACCGAGGACCACAUCCACUUUCUGCAGAACUUCAACUACCUCUGCACCCCCACUGAUGACGGCUUCAUACCCAGAGUGACUGUGAAUCCCGACUUCUCCUUCGGAGCUGUCAGGAAAGCUGUGGCUGAGAUUAAGGAGCGCCUGGAGGAGUUUGGCAGAGAGGAGCUGCUUAAGAUUUCCAAGUCAGUGAACGAGGUCCCAGUCUACACUACAGAGAGUCGAACAUUGGACAGAAGGAGCAGAGGCAAAGAAAUGACCGUGGAUAACACUCCUCCUCCUGAGCCAAAGAGCCGAGGGGACUUUCUGAAAUACUUCUGCCAACUGAAACUGGAUCAUAACACAGCCUACAAGGAGCUGUACAUCUCUGAGAACAGCAGGAAAGUUACCCGCACCAGGGACCUGCAGCCCUACGGAGACAAUCCGGAGAGGUUUGAUAGCUUUGCCCAGGUGCUGUGCCGAGAAGCCUUAUCCGCAGGCCGUUUCUACUGGGAGAUUGAGUGGAGCGGGGAGUUCUCCAUCGGAGUGGCCUAUAAGAGCAUCAGCCGAAAGGGCAAAGGCUCGCUGUGUCUGCUGGGCUAUAACGACAAAUCCUGGAGUCUGCUUUGUUCCGACUCCGGUUACUCUGCGUGGCACAACCGCGUAGACAAACCCGUCAGUGGUCCCCACUCCCCACGGAUAGGUGUGUAUCUGGACCACACUGCGGGGGUGCUGGCAUUUUACAGCAUCCGCAACACCAUGACCCUCCUGCACAGGUUCGAGACCAAAUUUGUGGAGCCCAUCUAUCCAGGCUUUGGAGUUGGGACCUCAGUGAAGAUCUGCAACAUCAAGUGAACGCUGAUAUUUGAGCUCUUUCUGAAAAGAUUUCUAUGUUUCAUAAUAUACAUCAAUGCUUUUGGAAUAUAUAUUUUUGCAACCAUUUUAAAAUUGUCUCACUGCUUAUUUUUUUAAGGAUGAUGAUGCUUCUUCCAAAUGUGUAUAUAUUUUUUAACGCUACGCAACACAGCAUGUAUUACAUUUUGAAUUGUGCUGUCAAACCAUAUUUUCUUGACAGUUUUUUUAUUAUUAGAUAUUAUUGAAAUAUACAAUUAUUGCAGUCACAGUAAAGUAUUAUCCUCAUUGGCAACUGAUGAUAUCUGCUGGAUAAUAUUACAACAUGUCAGUAUGUAACACGUCAAUAAAGGUUUGAAUAUUUUAACUUAUACAUCUUUAGAUUUACCCAAAGUUAAAGGUGAUGAUGUCAUUACAUUGUUGGCCAUUAUUAUUGAAUUAUUAUUUUUAAAAAUCGCUCUCUAAUGAAGGUAUGAGCACUACAGUCAGUUUAUGAAGAUGUUUUGUUACAAUUUCACUAUAAUUCCAAGAAUAUUUCAUUUUGUCAUGUCUUGAUAUUAUCUAAUGGUCGUCACGAGUUGUUGAGUUUUUUUAUACGUUUUUCCACUUGAACUAACCCUUAUUUAAUUCUGUGCAUGUUUACUUAGAUAAUGGACAACCAGAGUAUAAUUGCUAUAAAGACGAGAAUUUUUUUGUGAAAAAA